AACUGAACCUUAUCUCUUACCUCUCUUCAACUUCCAUCAUCGUCAAAUUUGUCAAUCGUAGUGGUCGACAUCAUGGAGAAUUGAGUUGCUGAGGUCCCUAGGGUCCUCCCCUUCUCAAUACGUUUUUCUUACCUGCGUACAAUUACCAUGGAAUCUACCGAGGAACUACAGCAGAACGAAAUAACUGCAGUGAAAUCCAUCUACGCCGAAGAUUACAUCGAAACACCACCACCAAAGGCUUGGAAGGGCGCAGCGCGUCUUCCAGAAUUCAUUAUCCGAGUCACACAUCCCAAUCCCGAUUAUGUGCAGAAGAUUUUUUUUCAUUUCCAUAUAACGUUUCCAAAGACGUAUCCCACCAUCCAGCCGCUAAUCUAUAAUGUCCGCGAACCGAUAGUAGGAUUGACGAAGAAUGAUCUGGCGCAGUUGGCUGUCGUUCAACAGCAGGUAGUAAAAUUGCUUAAAGGCUCCGAAAUGGUUAUGGAGUUGGUAACUGCCUGUCAAGACUGGAUGGGGGAGAAUGUUAAGCCUCCCGUUGAAGCCCCAGGGUCUCUUGCCUUCCAAAUGAAUCAGCGGGCUGAAGAUGAAGAGAAGGCUCGAAGAUUGAAAGCUGAAGCAGAAGCUCGAAGGGAGAAGGAGAAGGCUCUCAAACUUGCUGAAGAGCUUCGGCUUGAAGCAGACGCACAGAAGCAGAUGUGGGCUCAAGAGAAGAAGACGCGUCGGCGAGCACCCUCGGACGCUACUACCGUUGUCGGCGACACCUUGACGGAGACGUUCAAUGACAACAUGGAAAUGGACGGCGUACAGUUCAACUCAAUCAAGUACUACCACCCUCGAAAUGAUGGUCUAGGAGUAACCUACGCAGCUGAUCCUAUCUGUGACGACUUCUCUGCCUCGUUGCCGCUUCAACUUCACGUCAUCACCUUCGAGACUCCGUACUACGCUUCGAAUCAAGGAAUCAAGAAGCUUAAACAAGUAGAAGGCGAGAUUCGUAGAUCGACAACUAUUCGCCAUGAUAACGUCGUUCGCGUAUUGGGUGUCAAGUUGGUUACGCACAAGAUUGGGAAUUCUUCUCAGCUGUUCAUUUUAUCGGAACAACCACCAGCUCUUACUCUUUACGACGUUUUAGAUGAUUGUGUCUCUUUGCGAGAGGAUCGUGUUACGGAUUACCUUGCACAAAUCUUGUCGGGGCUGCAUGCAAUCCACGCUAGUGAUCUCGUUCAUCGAGGUAUUAGUGCUCGUGUGAUCGGUUUAGCUUCACGAGACUUCCCCGCCAACUCGAAGCAGGUCAAGCUGUUCAAAGUCGCCUUCUAUACUCGUUUACUAGAUCUUCAUAAAUCCGAUGCCUUCAGACCCGAUAUGACGGUUCAUCACGAUGAUAUUCCAACCCCCGAUGCGUGGUUAUCGGUCGAUGUGCGGAAUGAAUCUUCGCUUCUAUAUACCCGCUCUCGAGAUAUACACGACACUGGAAUUGUAUUUCUUCAAAUGCUUUUGGGUCUAGAUGUCGUUCAUCGGUAUACGGAUGCUCAUGCGGCUAUCACUUCAGCAACGUUUUUCCCUGCCCUUCAACGCCAUGCUUUCAGCAUGUUACUUCCCACUAAGAAAAACCACGUCACGUGCCUCUCCUUGUUGGCGGAACUAGCAUCGACGACUGUGCAUCCCGCAUCUCGCAGUCCCCUUAUUCCGAUGGCAGGCCCCAAGUCACCGAAUUUAGCAGCGCCAAACCCAGGUACCUCGCCUGAAAUGGAUUACUUCCGAACUGCAAUGCAAGCGAGGCAAUCGAGUCGCUGGAAAGGGGACUGGGAGGAGCUCGAGUUGCUAGGCAAAGGUGCUUUUGGAUCGGUUGUGAAAGCUCGGAAUAAGUUUGAUAAUAGGAUAUACGCCGUCAAGAAGAUUCGAUUGAGAACUAUGAAAAGCGACGCGCGUAUAUUUCGAGAAGUCAAUGCUCUCAGCCGUCUUUCACAUCGGUUUAUUGUCCGGUACUUCACGACAUGGUUCGAAACAUCUCAACAGCUCACCAACGGUCAUUCGGAUGAUGAUUCCGAUUCCGAUUCCGAUAAUGAUAACGACGACGAUCCAACGACAGAUGCACUAACAUCCGUUCCUUCCAGUCGGGAAGUCACUACGAGCCUGGAUGAUGGGAUUAUCUUCAAUUUAGACGAUCUGGACGAUCCCGGGGCUUCAAGAGGCUCUUUCCCAAGCAUCCAUUUCAAUCGAUCCACGGACUCAAGGGGAGCAGGGGAAGAUACGGAUAGCGGAUCUGAUGACGCUGAAGCGUUGGAGAAUCUGUUUGGGCAACAACUCGGGCAAGGUCAUCGGAAUGGGACGCCUGCCCAGCCGAAUCCGCCUGCACCGCUGAUUCAGAGGACGCUGUAUAUUCAGAUGGAAUUCGUUGAACGACAGACAUUGAAGGAACGGAUCGAUGAAGGGUUGACGGAGAGCGAGGCGUGGCGGCUCUUUCAACAGAUUGUAGACGCGUUGGUUCAUAUGUCGUCUCUUGGAAUUCUUCACCGGGAUAUCAAGCUUACAAACAUUUUCAUCGACGGGAACGGAGACUGUAAAGUCGGCGACUUUGGUCUGGCGACGUCUAGUUUGGCUGCUGUGGAUCCUUCAGAUGUGUCACCGCGUGCUGUGAUACCGAGUGGAGAGAUGACUCUGGACGUCGGAACUCGAUUAUACAUUGCUCCAGAGGUACAAACGCGGCGACGAGGGCCUACCAAUCACACCAAAGCGGACAUGUACAGUCUGGGUAUCGUGUUCUUUGAAAUGAACUUCACAUUCUCAACCGCUUCGGAACGGAUUUUUGUCUUGGAGCAUCUCAGAAAACCAGAGAUCCUAUUUCCCGAUAGCUGGAAUCCUAAUCUUUCUCGUCAACGUCAAAUUAUUACCUGGCUGUUACAACACGAGCCUGACGCUCGGCCUACGGCCCUCGAGCUUUCGCAAAGCAAUUUAUUACCAGCAAGACUGGAAGAUGAAUAUUUCAAAGGAGCUCUACGUAUGAUGACUAAACCCGACUCUCCUCACCACCAAGCCGUGUUAUCCUCGCUUUUCAGUCAGACGCCACGCCCUACUCGUGGAAUUCUGUACGACGCCGAAAUGCCCGAUGCUAUACCUUACUUCAAAAUGGUCGUGGAACGAUUAGAAACUAUCUUCAGAAUGCGUGGGGCUGUCGAUUCCGAACCACCGUUGUUACUCCCCGUUACUUCUGAGGACACCCAAGAACAACCGACUUUCAUCGAUCGACAUGGUGAUCUUGUCGCGUUGAGCAAUAACCUGCUCGUACCCUUUGCGAGGCUCGCGGCCAGGAUGGGCACGAGGAGAAUCAAGAGGUAUCAUGUUGGGGAUGUUUAUCGUGCAGUACCUACAGCUGGACAUCCUAAGACGAGAAAGAUGGGGAUCUUUGAUAUCAUAACUCCAGAUCUAUCAGCUGGCCCCGCCGCCUCAGCUGCUGAAGUUCUCGCUGUGGCGAAUGAUUGGCUUGAUAAUUUUCCGACGCUUGAUAAUAUGUUUUCAAUUCAUAUCUCUCAUUCCAACAUCAUGUCUCAUAUCCUCGCUCGGAUUCCGGAAGACAAGCUAGGCUCCACGCUAGAUAUCUUACAGCAACACAAGACUUCACCUUCUCAAAAGCGAUCGGAGUUAUUGAGGAAGCAGUUACCUAGGAGUUUGGUUGAUGAACUUGAGGUUCUCUAUGAUGCUGACGACGAUAUCGAUGAUUUCGUGGAUCGAAUGGAAAAAGUCAACCCGUUGUUGGCGGGGAAGAUUCAAUCAGCCGUUGAGGAAAUCCGAAACACCCUUCGGCAUGCGGGAUAUUUGGGCAUAAUGAGGCCCAUCGUGUUCAGACCCAUGAUGCUGGAAAGUCACCGGCUGGGACUUUAUAAGGAUGGUGUGUUGAUUGAGGUUGUGCGGAAGAAUAAACAUCAUGAGAUGUUGGCUGUUGGUGGAAGAUAUGACCACCUCAUCUCCCGCUUUGCCUCCCCAAAACUGAAACUAGCCUCAUCUUCUGAGCAAGGAAUCUUUGCCUAUGGAAUCCAAAUUUCUGUCGACAGAGUCGUUUGGGCCGUAUCCGCCUUCCAAGGAUCCACAUUCAAAUCCCUACUCACUGAAAAGCAUUCGUUUGGGUAUUGGACGCCACGGAGGUGUGAUGUUUACGUCGUGUCGUAUCAGGAAGGGUAUCUUCAAGACCGAUUGGAAGUUGUCGCUCAGCUAUGGCAGAAUGGGAUUAGCGCCGAUUUGAUUUAUGAAUCUGCGGUUCAGGAGACAGAUCCGCAGGAGGUUACGGAGACAUGUUUGAGGGAAGGCGUGUUAUUCAGCGUUUAUCCUCGUCCACGGUCAGCAAGGCGCGAUCAAGCUGCGUUUAGGGUGAAGAGUAUCCUUCGUGGUACGGAGUACGAUGUAACCAAACAAGACCUAGUAUCCUGGCUACAACACGAAAUCUUCGAGCAAAAACGGCUAGACAUGACAACUGCCGAAGCACCUCUCUUCUCUCGUGGGACCAGCGAAGUCGCCGUUGUCGGUCCUCCCAACUACAACAACCCUGGCAGUUCGGAUUUGCAGUUGAUAUUGCCGACUGAUAUGAAGAAGCGAGGGAAGCAGGUCAAGAGUCUCUUCUUGGAUCGAGCGUACGACACGGUUAUGCAGUUGAGAGCAGCAUUCGUCCGUCAGCCAGCAGGCACAUCCUCCGGGCAAGGACCAGGGGUUCCUGUCAUAGCUCUGGACGUAUCACCAUCCUUGUUUAACUCCUUAACGGCGUCAGCCGGAUGGGCAACAGAUGAGGAGGCGUUCAAAGCUCUACAAGGAGAGUUCAUAACUUCUGCUUAUGCCCAACAAGUCCGGGAAGCUGUUGCGAGGAAGAUAGCGGAUGGGUGUAGUUGGGUACUGUUUUUCGUGGUCAAGGAUGAGAGGGUUGGGGUGUUGAAGGUGUAAAAGCGUGUGUUGUUCCAUAGGUUCCGUAUUUGCAUUGUUUCUUUCUUCUUUUUCCUCUUUGCUCUUCCUUUACUCAUUUAUGACCAGUUAUGACUAUGAUUGCAACAUUUUUCUUUUCCUCCUGUCAUGCGAAUUUCCAAUUGUUCCUCUACUCACAUAAAUCUGUAGCAUUAUCCACACCCCCAACUCAUUACCUAUACAGCUCGACAAGAUGCAAUCUGUAAAUUAUCAUCAACCUGCGAAAUAUAACUCAGUUACCCAUACC